GGGACUACUUCCGGUAGGCCGCCGUGUGUCCUGCGGAAGUCGGACCGUUGUAGUCGGGACACUGGCAGAAAACACCGGAGCGGCCUCGCGAAAGCUGGCGAAUUCGCUUUAUAAACACAUUGUGUGUGGGCGGAGAAAGUGCUAAUAAGUGCAUAAGCAAACGACAGCUGGUUAAAAAAGGGAAAGAAAGAAAAGAAACACUGGGGUUUGCGCGGAGCCCCGAGCCGCUUUACCCCCUUUGAGCCCGCUGAAGUCGGCGGUGGCGAGGCGAAGCGACGCGGGAGGCGAUGGAGCCCUCAGCGGCCAAGGGGAGAGCGCAGGGCCGCCUGCUGGUGUCCACCAGCCUGGACGCCAAAGACGAGCUGGAGGAGCGGUUCGAAAGGUGCGUGGCCGUCACCACUUCCAUUACAAACGGAUUGUCGGAGCGAGAAGCCAACGACGCCCUCACUGCCCAUGUGUGUAAAGGUCCUCAGCAGCAUGAGGAGGUGUGCCUUGGCUUGUUCACGCUGCUGCUCACAGAGCCUUCACAAGCACAGCGGUGCUACAGAGACCUGACGCUAGUCAACCGUGACGGCAUGAAUGUGAUCCUGAUCAAGAUUAACCAAAUCCUCAUGGAGAAGUUCCUCAAACUGCAGGAAGUGUGUCGCACGCAGCUGGUGUGGGUGGUCAGAGAGCUGGUGAAGAGUGGGGUCAUAGGAGCCGACGGAGUCCUCAUGACCCUCAUGAAGCAGAUCGCUGGAGGUGACAUCACCAGUAAAAACCUGUGGCUGGCUGAAAACGUGCUGGACAUCUUAGUGGAGCAAAGGGAGUGGGUGCUGAAGAGCGGUAUGCUGGUGGCCAUGUCCGUAUACACAUAUCUGAGACUGAUCGUGGAUCACGGGACACAGGGCCUCCUGCCGCUCCGCCAGAGAGAGGUGGACUUCUGCAUUGGCCUGCUGCGAGAGAGGUUCAUGGAGUGUUUCAUCAUCGGGAGAGAUCUGGUCAGACUGUUACAGAACGUAGCUCGAAUCCCUGAGAUGGAGCUCCUGUGGAGAGACCUUCUGCACAACCCUCAGAGCCUGAGCCCACAGUAUACUGGUCUGUUGCAGCUUCUCACCUCUCGUACAUCCCGCAAAUUCCUGGCUUGCCGCCUCACUCCUGAUAUGGAGACCAAGCUAUUGUUCAUGACCUCGAGGGUUCGAUUUGGCCAGCAGAAGCGCUAUCAGGACUGGUUUCAGAGGCAGUACCUGUCCACGGCUGAGAGUCAGUCGCUGCGGUGUGACCUGAUCCGCUACAUCUGUGGGGUGGUGCACCCCUCCAACGAGGUCCUGAGCUCAGACAUCCUGCCUCGCUGGGCCAUCAUCGGCUGGCUGCUCACCACCUGCACGUCGAACGUCGCUGCUUCCAACGCCAAACUGGCCCUGUUCUACGACUGGCUCUUCUUCAACCCGGAGAAAGACAGCAUCAUGAACAUCGAGCCGGCCAUUCUGGUGAUGCAUCACUCGAUGAAGCCGCAUCCAGCCAUCACUGCCACGCUGCUGGAUUUCAUGUGUCGGAUAAUUCCUCACUUUUUUCCACCACUGGAGGGCCAAGUGCGCCAGGGCGUCUUCAACUCGCUCAACUUCAUUAUGGAGAAGAGAGUUCUGGCACACUUGGCUCCGUUGUUCGACAACCCCAAACUGGACCGGGAGCUGCGCUCCAUGCUGAGAGAACGUUUCCCUGAGUUCUGUAACUCGCCUUCUCCACAGACAGAAGUGAAAAUGGAAGAGUCUGUUCCCUUAGAGAUGGACAAUCACGUGCUGGAUAAGGAGGACGGUUGCUAUGACAACACGGACGCGACGUUUAGUGACGACGAGGAAGAGUUGAACAACAAGGGUAAGAAACGCGAGUUCAGGUUUCAGCACAUCAAGGAGACGUACAUCGAGGAGCCUUCCGACAUCACACCGUACGUGGACCAGCUGGAUGAGACGCUGAAGGAGAAAGUGCUACAGUUACAGAAAGGGAGGAGGCGGAUCAAGGAGACGUACAUCGAGGAGCCUUCCGACAUCACGCCUGACACGGAGGCGCAGUGUGAAGUCAUGCAGGAAAUAGUGGACCUGAUUCUGGAGGAGGACUUUGAAUCGGAGCAGAUGUCCACUCUGGCGUCCUGUCUAGCUGAGCUGUUCAAAAGCCAUUUCAGAGGAGAUGUGCUGCCUGAGGAAAUCACUGAGGAGUCGCUGGAGGAGUCGGUGUGUAAGCCAGUGUGUCUGAUCUUCAGGAACUUGUGUCAGAUGCAGGAGGACAACAGCGGCUUCUCGGUGCUGCUGGACAUGCUGGCGGAGCUGUACCAGAAACAGCCCAAAAUUGGAUAUCACCUCCUCUACUACCUCAAGGCGAGUAAAGCGGCGGCGGGGAAGAUGAGUCUGUACGAGUCGUUUGCUCAGGCCACGGCACUGGGGGACCUACACACGUGCCUCAUGAUGGACAUGAAGGCCUGCCAGGAGGAUGAUGUGAGACUGCUGUGUUACCUCACACCCUCCAUCUACACAGAGUUCCCAGACGAGACCCUGCGCAGCGGAGAGCUCCUAAACAUGAUCGUAGCGGUCAUAGACUCCACACAGCUUCAGGAGCUGAUGUGUCACGUAAUGAUGGGAAAUCUGGUCAUGUUCCGCAAAGACUCCGUGCUCAACAUCCUCAUUCAGUCACUAGACUGGGAGACGUUUGAGCAGUACAGCACAUGGCAGCUCUUUCUAGCACACAGUAUCCCACUGGAGACCAUCAUCCCCAUCCUACAGCACCUUAAAUACAAAGAGCAUCCCGAAGCUUUAUCCUGCUUACUCCUGCAGCUCCGCAGGGAAAGUCCCACAGAGGAGAUGGUGAAGAUGGUGUUGAGUCGGCCGUGUCACCCGGAGGAUCAGUUCACCACCAGCAUCCUGCGGCACUGGGCGGCCAAACACGACGACCAGCUGGCUGAGCACAUCAAGGCCCUUCUCAUCAAGAACAACAACAUGCCUCGCAAACGCCAGAGGUAUCACCACGCCAAGAUCUUACGAAGCUCCAGCAGUAAAUUGGCUCAGCUGACCCUGGAACAGAUGUUGGAGCAUUUAGACAGUCUGAGGCUGAGCCUCAGCAACACCAAGAAUAACUUCUUUACCCAGACCCCCAUCCUUCAGGCUCUUCAGCACGUCCAGGCCAGCUGUGAUGAAGCCCAUAAAAUGAGGUUCAGCGAUCUUUUCUCCUUGGCCGAGGAGUAUGAGGAUUCCUCGAAGCCACCCAAAUCUCGGCGCAAAGCUCCAGCGUCCUCCCCGCGCUCGCGGAAAGGCGCAGCGCCUCCAGCCAACAACGAGGACGACAGCGGCUCCAGUAGCGCCUCGGAGGAAGAAGACUCCAAACCCAAAGCACCCAAGAGGAAACGAAAAGGCUCGUCGGCCGUGGGCUCGGACAGUGACUGAGAGGGACGCGCCGAUCUCCACAUGCCCCACGCCCCCAACACUUCCAUGACCACGCCCAUUCCAGUGUGACAUCACUGGAGAACAAACCACCAGCCAAUCAUCUGCUCGGUCCACUCAUCAAAGAGGAAGCGCUGGAUUUCCUUUCUGGGACUUUGACUUUGGAGCCAGCCAGGAAGGCACACCCUUUAGCUUCUCUCAGCACUAGUGUGAUUGGCUGCUUGGGGAUUGGGGGCGUGACCGAGGCCGAAGGGAAGCUGCUAAGCUUUCAGGAGCCUCCUUUCCUCCCCCGACUGGGACGGACUGACGGAAAAGACGGAUAAAAUUGCACACAGGAGUCAUUCUUUAGUGUCUCUGUACUUAUCGGCCCACAUAUCCUGAUCGAGCACAGUCGCUGUGCUUAAAAAGGGGGAAUAAAAUCCCCACACUGUAGACUACGAGGGAGACGAUUUACAUUAAACAUUCACCACGAACGUUCGAACGCGCUCCGCUCCGCUCCACUCCCACAAGACGCAUUUUAUCGUUUGAUAAUGAACAAGCAUUUGCUUUCGUCCCUUAUAAAUCCCUCUUUGUCCUGAUCGGAUGUCGUGGCCCAACGGAGGCGGCGGCGCCGGGGGUUUUACAGGGAGGACGACACUCCUCCUGGAUGGAUUUUUACCACGAUUGUACCGCACAGGUGCAGAAAUUGGAUUGUAAAAAAAAUAAAUAAAUAAAAUGGAGGACUUGACAUGACAGACUUUUUAAGAAAAUUGCUUUCUACUGACCUAUUUUCAUAAAAAAAAAAAAUCAUAACUAUGUAAAAGGAUUAUGAUAUUAAUAAAAAAGGCAGGGACAAACA